UGGGGUUUUAGUUAAAUAUAAUAUCUCUUUUCUAUAAAUUUCGAAAAUUUGGCGUUGAUGGGCUUUCAUUUGAUCGGAAAUUAAUUUAAAAAUUAUUAAUUUUUCCAAGCUUUCCGUGACUCUUGUGUUCAAUCUCCAGAUACCUAUUUUGGCGAUUUCUAUGGGGCUACAAUGUGGAAUUCUAAUACUCCUUGUUCUGGAUUGCCUUUAUUUAAAUAUUUAUGUUCCCGGUGAAAUUGAUCGAGAAAAACGUUUGCCUGUUCUUUUUUGGAUUUAUGGAGGUGGAUUUUGGAGUGGGACGGCUUCUCUUGAUGUUUAUGAUGGGAAAAUAUUUGCGGGAGAAGAAAAUGUAAUUAUUGUAACUGUAAAUUAUCGUGUUACUGUAUUUGGCUUUCUCUAUUUGGGGAGAGAAGAAGCUCCAGGAAAUAUGGGUUUAUGGGAUCAACUACUUGCUUUAAAAUGGGUAUAUAAAAAUAUACAAGGUUUUUAGAAAUAAAUAUAGUUAAACCUCUAUUUAACGUAAAACCUCUAUAUUACAGACUUUUUAUUUAGUAAAAAACGGAAAGUAAAAAUAUUUGAGUGAAGGGCAAAGAGGUAAAAAAGGGCUGCAAAAACGGAGUCCAACAAAGAUGAAAAAGGGCGUAAAAAUCGGGGAAAAAUACAGUAUUUGUUAAAAUAAUUCCCCAGAGUUUUUAUGUAUUGUUUCAACUUCUCGCUGGAGGUGGUAAAUAAAAGGGAGGGGGUAAAUAUUUG